AUGGCGGCAACCAAUCAAUCUCCAAAAGCCAAUGUACCACGUCAAAUCGCCAUCAUAGGCGCCGGUUUAGUCGGAACCGCCUUAGCAACGCAGCUUGUUCAUGCUGGUAAAUCGGUCAGCAUUAGUAAUUCGAGAGGUCCUGAUACUCUUCAUGAUGUGGAGAGAAUAACAGGUGCCAAAGCCAUGGAUGCAAAGCGAGCACUAUCAGAAGCGGAUAUCGUCAUUCUCGCGGUGCCAAUGAGUGGUAUUCUCCCCUUGCAGCCGAUUUUGCAACCAUCUGUGCGCCCUGAUACGAUUUUAAUUGAUGCCUGCAAUUAUUAUCCCUCGCGUGAUGGGAAAAUCCAGCUGUUAGAAGAGGGCAUGACAGAGAGUGUUUGGACGUCGAAAACCGUCUCAUUCCUGGUAGUAAAAGCAUUGAAUAAUAUUAUUGCUCUCAACAUUGCUUCCAGCGCAAAACCAAAAGGCUCCGCUAAGAGAGUAGCACUCCCUGUUUCAGGAGACGACGAGAAGUCUGUGGCAGUUGUGAUGGAAUUGUUGGAAGUGAUGGGAUUCGAUGCGUUCAACGCGGGUCAGCUGGAAGAUUCGUGGAGACAGCAGCCUGGACAGCCAGCUUACUGCACUGAGCCCAAUUUGAAAGAACUGGUAGCGUUGCUCAGUUCUGCAAAUCGUGAAGGAGCGGGAGGGAAACGCGACCAGGGAAUGGCGAUUUCACAGAAGCUACCGCCAAAUUUCCCUCCACAAACUAUGGUGCGGAUAGCACGACUUGGUGCUGGUCUGGACUGGUGGAAACCUCAAAGCUGGUUCGCGGCGAUUCAACUCGCGUACGCUCUUGCAAAAGCGAGUUUCAAGCACACCGCUUGA